AUGGAAGCUGAAUCAGUGAAAUAUAGUUCCUAUCGUGAUUUAAAUCAAAAUAAUUCAAUAUUCCAAGCCUUGAACAUACAACGGUUGGAGUCAAAACUUUGCGAUGUAGUUUUGAAAGUUUAUGACGCAAAUAUUUAUGCCCAUUCAUGCGUUUUAGCCGCAGCAAGUCCAUAUUUUGAAGAUUUAUUCUGUGUUCAGGACCAACCAAGAACGUUCAGUCAGAAUAAUCCACAAAUUAUAGAGAUUCACUUUUCGUUUGACGGGCAGGCAAGUGCAGCGUACGUGGAUGCUGUGCGAAAGAUUAUCAGUUUCAUGUACACAAACUGCUUAACCCUUGGUGAUGAUGCCAUCUCAGAAGUUGCUGAAAUUGCAAAGAUAAUGCAGAUGACAAGUGUCAUAGAUUUUUGUGAGCUGUUCCUGCAAAACUAUGAUAAUGAUACAUUGAAAGAUUGUACAGCAAAUGUGGCAACCCAAACAUCAGAUUUUGGGCAGACUUUUAGCAGUACUACAGGUUUUUCCCUUCAACCAAAUCGUGAUCCAGGUCCUGCUAGUGUGCCAAAACGCAGAGGACGCCCCAAAAAGGCUCGGGUAAAUAAUUCUACCAAGCAAGAUCUAAAAAGUGAUGGCACAAACGAUACAAGUGAUAGUUUUUGUUUUAAAGUAAGCAAGAGGGGAAGAAUUAUUAAACCAAAGAAAUAUUCAGAAGAAGUUGUUAACUGGGAAAAUGAAGAUGAGGAGGAUAUAAGAGCAACUGACUUUGAUGAAAUGUCUAACAAGGUUACAGUAAAAGAAGAACCUGAUGAAACAGACGAACCUGCUGGUGAAAUGGAUGAUGAAGUAACUGAUCCUACAUUUGUUACACCAAAACUUGACCCUGAUACUACAGAUAGCACAAGUGAAAAGUUGAAAACAAUAUCUCAGUAUGUUUGUUGUCAGUGUGAUUUUGUUGCUGAAAAGCUUUCAGAGUUUAAUGACCAUGAAAUUCUUCAUGCCUUUGAUCUAAAGAAGUGUCCAUUCUGUGAAUGGUUAUGUGAAGCCACAACUACUUUACCAGAGUUUGAAGAGCACAUGAAAAGCCAUGAAGCACCAGAUACAUUUUGCUGUAACUUCUGUCAAUCAAUAUUUAAUACGAAAGCAAAGUUACACCAGCAUCUUCCAAAACAUUCUAAGAUAAGGCCGUAUGUGUGCAGCAUUUGUGAUGCUGGUUUUAAGUGGAAACAUGCAUUGAAAGCACAUAAAGUCACGCACAAAAACUCGAAGGAUUAUUUGUGUGAUUUGUGUGGGUAUGCUACCGUCCACAAGAAUCAGCUGAAAGGUCAUUACUUGAUUCAUUCAGGAGAUACAUUCAAGUGCCCUGAACCUGAAUGUGACUAUCAGUCAACCAAGAAAUCAAACUUGAAAUUUCACAUGGUGACACAUACGAAAGAAAAACCUCAUUUAUGCGGUUCAUGUGGAACUCGGUUUUCACUUGUAAAGAAUUUGAAACGCCAUAUGCUUCUCCACACAAUGGAUCGGCCAUAUAGAUGCGACCUCUGCAGCUUUUCUAGUACAAGAUUUGACAAACUAAAGGAGCAUUACUACAAAGCACACAAUGUAGGCAAAAAACCAGCAAAGAAAUUAAGACUCACUGAUUAUAUCAAACAACAAGACGAAGGGAUGUUAGUUGAUCAAAAUAUGGGAGAAGUAAAUGAAAAUGAAGAAGAAACUCAUAUUCUUCACAUUACUGAUAAUGUUGAAACUAUUGAGCUGAAAGUUCCUGAUGAUUUAAUGAAAGUUGAAGGCGCUACUCAUAUUGUGAAUGUUACCAGUUCAACGGGUGAAACUGUUCCAAUAUCAAUCACAAACAAUGGAAAAGAAAUAUCUUAUGAGAUUCAGAAAUUUCCGUUUCAAAUUGCUUCACAAGAAGUGGUGUAGAAUUUAUAAAGAUUUUUUCACACAUUUCAUGUAUAAAUUUACACAAAAGCAUGUACUGUACCAUGUUUUAUUCAUUUAAACAAGGC